AUGCUUAGCUAGUAGUAUCAGUUGAGUGUUUACAGCAUUUUAACUAUUAAAACGUUUUCUAUAAGCUUUCUAUCUUUGUCGACUGUCGGCAUUGACACGUCCUUUCUAAUUAUAUGGAACAAGUUUAUGUUAUGUGCUACCUUUCUUUAACAAAGCAGUAGUGCGUAAGGUCAUGGCUGUGCCUUUUGUUCAAGACUGGGAUCUGGUGCAAACCCUAGGAGAGGGUGCGUAUGGCGAGGUUCGCUUGUUGGUUAACAAGAAGACUGAGGAGGCAGUAGCAGUGAAAGUAGUUGACACAUCCAGUGCAAAAGACUGUAUAGAAAAUGUGAAAAAAGAGGUGUGUGUACACAAAAUGCUGUCACACCCCAACAUAGUGAGAUUCUUUGGACAUAGGAGUGAGGGACCAAUCCAGUACAUCUUCUUGGAGUACUGCAGUGGUGGGGAGCUCUUUGAUAGAAUAGAGCCAGAUGUGGGUAUGCCAGAAAAAGAGGCUCACAGGUUUUUCCAACAGCUGGUAGCAGGAGUGGAAUAUCUGCACAGUAUUGGGAUCACACAUCGGGACGUCAAGCCGGAAAACAUUCUUUUGGAUGACAAAGAUAACCUGAAGAUCUCGGAUUUUGGAAUGGCCACCAUGUUCCGACACCGCGGGCGUGAGCGUAAAUUGAGUCGUCUGUGUGGAACACUGCCCUACGUGGCUCCAGAGCUGCUGUCCCGCUCAGAAUUCCACGCCCAACCCGCAGAUGUCUGGGCCUGUGGCAUUGUGCUAACCGCCAUGCUGGCCGGAGAGUUACCGUGGGACCAGCCAAGUGAAAGCUGUCAGGAGUAUGUUGAUUGGUUGCAAAAGAAAAUCUACAUCACACCAUGGAAGAAAAUUGAUUCAGUGCCUCUUGGUCUGUUAAAGAAUAUACUACUGCAUAGUCCUGAGGACAGGUUUACCAUCCCUGAGAUCAAAAAGCACCGCUGGUUUAGUAGCAGUUUCAAAUCAGGGGUAAAGCGACAGGGCGACGUGCCUGGGCCGGUUACCAAAAUAUUGAGGUCUGAUAUUGAGCGGCUGCAGCUGGGACGGGCUAACAGUGAUGACCGGGUACAGAUAUCCAGCUCUCAGCCAGAGCCACAAGGGCUAUGGGAGGUCCGGUAUGAUGUGGUAGGCACUGAAGGAGCUCAGGUCAGCUUCUCUCAGCCUGCGUGCCCUGACCACAUGUUACUGGGCAGCCAGCUGCUGGCCACUCCAGGGGCUAGCCAGAACCCAUGGCAGAGGCUAGUGAGGAGGUUGACCAGGUUCUUCACUACUCUGAAAGUGGAGCCUUCUUAUGCUGCCCUUCGUGAUACCUGCAUUGCCUUGGGCUACCAAUGGAAACAGAGUUGUACCAGCCAGGCAACAGUGUCCACAAUGGAUCGCCGUAAUAACAAACUAAUCUUCAAAGUGCACUUCCUGGAAAUGGAGGAGCGUAUUCUAGUAGAUUUCAGACUAUCAAAGGGUGAUGGUUUGGAAUUCAAAAGGAUAUUCUUGAAACUCAAGCAGAAGCUGUCUGACAUCAUAAGUAACCAAAGGGUUCUUAUUCCUUUCACAUGAUGUAAAAUAUGCAUACCUGCAAUUCUGUGCUCCUGCUGCAUGCAGUUUUUAUUUUACCUGUUUGUACUUGUUGAAGUGUCUCCAUCAUGUAACACUAUGUGUAAUGGUGACCAAUGCCUUGAGCUUAUCAAGAGUGAGGGAUGUAAAAACAUUGAGCCUGAUUUGAAGGAGUCUUUCUGAAUUAUUUAAGACUACCUCUUGUUUUGUCCUUACUCUUUUACAAAUUUACUCUGCUGGUCAUAUUGGCAAUGACAUUAAAUUGUUGGUUUACCCCAAAAUAUUAUUCCUUAACAUUGUUAAAAAUAGUGGGAUGCAAUUUUGGAGAUAAAUCUCCAGCAGUGGAAAAGUACAUAGUUCUUCCUUUCAUGCCACUUGUUUUGGCUUUUAGCAAAGUCAAAAAGGCUAAGCACUGUAGUUUAAAAAAUUAAGGUACAAAAAAAUCAUAAUGUAACUUUAAAAAAAACAACUUGUCAACAUAAUCUUUUACUUUAUACAAUCAUAAG